AUUAAACUUGGAUAGAGACCUAUUAAUGGGUAACAGAAGUUCAUUAUGUCAACUAAUAAAGAGCGGAUUAAGAAUCUUGAAGCUGGAUUUGGAGGAUUACAAGACAGCUUUUUACGCAUGGAGCUUGGCGUAACCGAUAAAAUGCAUCAUCUUGAAACCACCCUUCACAAAAUAUCUGAAGCUUUGCUCUCUAAGAAUGAAUCCAUUUCUCCUAAUGCUAGCGGACGCCUUGAGAACAUUUCAAUCCGGAUGGAAAAUUGGGAGCAAGAACAAGAUGAACUUCGAAUGAUGAAGAAUGAAAGUUCCGGGAAAGAUCGGAAGUAUGAAGACGAUGGUCCCGAUCCAUCCAUAAUGGACGAGGACAGACUACCAUUAUCAAGAAAAAUACCAAUUUCUUCUAGUCAUAUCAACCCUUACCGAAUGAUCAUCGUUAUCCGACUUGUAGUUGUAGGAUUCUUCUUUCAUUAUCGAGUUACGAACCCUGUGAACAAUGCAUAUGCACUAUGGCUUAUCUCUGUCAUUUGUGAGAUCUGGUUUGCUUUUUCAUGGAUUCUAGAUCAAUUCCCAAAAUGGUAUCCCAUUGAAAGAGAAACAUAUUUGGAUCGAUUAUCCCUAAGGUAUGAGAAGGAAGGGAAGGCUUCUCAAUUAGCUCCAGUUGAUAUAUUUGUAAGUAGUGCUGAUCCAUUGAAAGAACCUCCCCUGGUGACUGCAAACACAGUUCUCUCCAUUCUAGCCGUGGAUUACCCCGUUGACAAGGUAUCGUGUUAUGUUUCUGAUGAUGGUGCUUCUAUGCUAACAUUUGAGACGCUAUUACAAACAAUCGAGUUUGCAAAAAAAUGGGUCCCUUUCUGUAAGAAGUUUGACAUUGAACCAAGAUCACCGGAAUCUUAUUUUGUGCAAAAGAUGGAUAAGGUGCAUGUCUCGUUCAUAAAGGAACGUAGAGAAAUAAAGAGAGAGUAUGAAGAGUUUAAAGUUUGUAUCAAUGGUUUGGUUUCCAAAGCGCAAAAGGUCCCGGAAGAAGGAUGGACAAUGCAAGAUGGAACUCUAUGGCCUGGAAAUAAUGUUUGUGAUCACCCUGGGAUAAUUCAGGUUUUCCUUGGUCAAAAUGGGGAGCUUGACAUAAAUGGAAAUGAAUUGCCCCUAAUUGUUUAUGUUUGUAGAGAAAAAAGACCUGGGUAUAAUCACCAUAAAAAGGCCGGCGCAAUGAAUGCUUUGGUCAGGGUCUCUGCUGUGAUCACAAAUGCUCCAUAUUUGUUAAACUUAGAUUGCGAUCACUACUUCAAUAACAGUAAGGCUAUAAGAGAAGCUAUGUGUUUCAUGAUGGAUCCUUUGCUUGAAAAAAGAGUGUGCUACGUCCAGUUUCCACAAAGGUUUGAUGGUAUUGACAAGCAUGAUCGAUAUGCCAACCGAAACAUUGUAUUCUUUGAUAUUAACAUGAAAGGCUUGGAUGGCCUUCAAGGGCCUAUAUAUGCUGGCACUGGAUGUGUAUUCAGAAGACAAGCAUUCUAUGGUUUGUAUGCUCCAAAAGUAAAGCAAUUGUCAAGUAGAACAUGCAACUGCUUUCCUAAGUGGUUCUGCAGAUGUUGCUCUUUAGGAAGAAAAAAGAAGAAGAAAGGUACCAAACCUAAGCCUGAGACGGAGACGGACAAGAUGGCUUCAAAGACAUGUGCACAUGGGUCUGCUUUAGAGAAUACCAAAGUUGGAUUUGAAGGGCUAAAUACAGGAGUUGAAGAUGAAAAUUCAACUACAAUACCUAAAGCCAAAUUAGAGAAGAAAUUUGGACAAUCUUCUGUUCUUGUAGCAUCGACACUAUUAGAGGAUGGUGGUAUUGGUACGUUAGAAAAUGCCAGCCCUGCAUCUCUGUUGAAAGAAGCCAUCCAUGUAAUUGGAUGUGGCUAUGAAGAUAAAACAAAAUGGGGAAAAGAGGUUGGAUGGAUUUAUGGUUCAGUGACAGAGGAUAUACUGACAGGAUUUAAAAUGCAUUGUCAUGGAUGGCGAUCUAUAUAUUGUAUCCCAGAAAGACCUGCAUUCAAAGGUUCUGCACCCAUCAAUCUUUCAGAUCGUCUACACCAGGUCCUUCGAUGGGCUCUUGGAUCAGUUGAAAUAUGUUUAAGCAGACAUUGCCCACUUUGGCAUGGGUAUGGAGGAGGUUUGAAGUGGCUUGAGAGAUUAUCUUACAUAAAUGCUACGGUGUAUCCAUUAACAUCUGUCCCUCUACUGACAUAUUGUACUCUUCCUGCUGUAUGCUUGCUAACUGGAAAAUUUAUUACUCCAGAGCUCGACAAUAACGCCAUUUUAUGGUUCCUGUCACUUUUUCUUUGUAUAUUUGCGACUAAUAUAUUGGAAAUGAGAUGGAGCGGAGUUGGAGUAGAGGAUUGGUGGAGAAACGAGCAAUUUUGGGUGAUCGGAGGGGUUUCGUCACAUCUAUUUGCGGUUGUGCAGGGGUUGUUAAAGGUUUUAUGUGGUGUAGAUACAAACUUCCAUGUGACAUCGAAAGGAGGAGGAGAUGAUGCUAAGUUCUCCGAGUUGUAUAUAUUUAAGUGGACGACGUUACUCAUUCCACCAACAACAUUGUUGAUAAUAAACCUAAUAGGUAUAUUUCUUGCUCUUUUAACUGCCUUAAGAAAUGGCUACGAGUCGUGGGGGCCUCUGUUCGGUAAGCUAUUUUUCGCCUUUUGGGUGAUAGUCCACCUCUAUCCUUUCCUCAAGGGUUUACUAGGAAGACACAAUAGGACUCCUACAAUUAUUAUUGUCUGGUCUAUUUUGCUUGCUACUAUUUUUUCCCUAUGGUGGGUUCGCAUAGAUCCAUUCAUAUCGAAAACAAAUAAUCCAGUUCCAGAGAAUUGAGAUUUAGACUGUAAUUAGAAUUAGCAAUACAAAGAUAAAAAUGUCUUCAUAUAGCUUUUAAAACUCUUCUUCUUUGGCCAAGGAUGUGUCAAGUUUGAGGUGGUUGUAGCACCACACGCAAUUGUUAAAGUGAUUUGGGACAAAAACUCUAAUCAGUUAUUCUUUAUUCAGGGGAAGACGAGACUGGAUAAACUAUAUCUAUGUAUUAUUAUUAUUAUUAUUAUUAUUAUUCAUAAAUCUUUCUUUA